CUAUCUGUAAUAUAAACAAAUAUAAUUACUAUUUAAUAAUUCCAAGUUAUUGUAAUCUUGUAACGUACUAGGAUUGUUUUAUAAAUAAGCGUCAAAAACAGCACGAAGAAUUUAUGAGUGACAGACAACUUUUAAAAAAGGCGAAUGUCAACAAGUAAUUUAAAAUUAUUGCACAUGUUUGGUAAAUGUUAUAAUAUAUAAAUAAUAAUAAAUAAAAGCUAUGAUAAAAUGUCAGUGAAGAGUAAAACUAAUAUGAUCUUCCGAAUGUUUGUUACACGAAUAAAACAGCCACCAGAAACUGAAGUUGGUUUAUUUAACGUUGACGUUUAUACAAAAACAUCACAACCGCAAAACCUACCUUGUUACAGUGAUACAGAUUUAGAUAUUAAUAAAAAUGACAAUUCAGAUGAAAACACAUUAAACGAAAAAAUUGCUGGCAAUAAAAAGGUUAUCCAGGCACUGAUUGAUACAGGUGAUGUUGAUUUGAAUUACAUUCCACGAGAAUGUUUAAAAAAAGUACGUGUUCCUCAAUCCCUACAUUUAUUGAAUAAAACUACCGCUAAAGAGUUUUCAUCCAUGAUUGUAAAUGAUGUAAAACCAAAUAUACCUGUGCUGGAGAUGAAUCCUGGUCCUGGAUUUUUAACUGAAGAAUUACUUAGAAAUGGUGUAUCUCGGGUUUAUUUAUAUGAAAGACUUCGUAAGUUUGAUUGGUACCUCGAUCCUCUUGUAAAAAAAUAUGGCAAUCGAGUGGAGGUACGGCACCACAAUAUUUUAAGUUUACAGUAUAUUGAAAUAACGGACUUAAAAGCAGGGAAUACAAAUAUGCAAAAAAUUUUUGAGGGAAUUGAAAAGAAACAAUGGCAUGAAGAACCUGCGAUGCAAAUUGUUGGAGCAGUAUCUAACGGUCAAUUUUUAAGUUACUUACCAUAUUCAAUGUUGAUGCGAUAUUUGUCUGAUUUCGGACGUGUCAUUUUAUAUAUUGCUACUCGUCCAUCAGUUGCUAAAGGCUUUGAGGAUAAUCCUGAUAACACAUUUCACAGAGCAAAAAAUGUAUUUCUCCGAACAUUUUUCGAUUUUAAAUUUCUUGGGUCAUUACCAAGAGAAUCAUUUUACCCAUUUAAUAUGGCAGUGAGCUCGAAUCGACAUAAUUACAUUCAUUAUCUUGAAGACAAUGAAAAGAUGUCUGUGAUACGAUUAGAAUCUAAAAAAGACUUAAUCUCAGAUAGUUUUACCAAACAUGAUGCUAUUAUAUAUUUUUAUUUUUUGAAAUUAAAUUUGAGGCGACGCGAUUCACGUAUUAUUCCAUCAUUAGAAAAAUGGAUUCCUGGAUGUGGACGACAAUUAAUAAGACACAAUUUAAAUAUCCACACUAGAUUUGCUGAGUUGACAUCAUUUCAGUUAUUUAUGUUAUUUAAAAUAGUCAAAUCUUGGCCUCAGUUUGAAACAAGUUCAUUUUUAGAAUUUGUAAAACCUUAUUUAGAAAAAGAAACGUAGCAGUAUUUAUAAUUUCGUUUCAUUAUUAUUACUUAAAUUAUUGUAACUACUGUUAAAAAGAAGUCAUGUAAAUAUUUAUUGUUUAUAAAAAUAUUUUAAAUCACAAUUGUUGAUCAAUUAACUGUUGUAUAAAUUUAUUUAUAUUUAUACUUAGUUAAAAAUCUCUCAUACAGAUAACUCAUAUUUUAUUUUAUCUCCAUAAAAUAUAAAUGUGAACUUUAAACUCGCAUUUAAUCUAACUCUUCAUAGUCGCUCUUAACGAUAUAUUUGUUUCAAGGAUUUGAUGGUAUUCAAAACAAGCAAAAAAAAUAAAUUAAAUAAAACGUUGAAGGUUUUCAAUGCUAAUGACGACUUUCUAAAAAUAUAUACAAUAACUUGGGAUUUCCGAGCAUCACUUUUUAAUUUUUUACAUUAUUAACAAGACGUUUGUACGAAGUUGUUUCUCUAUAAUGAUAAAAAAAGUGUUUGUAUUUAUUUCUCUCUUUAAUUUUUCUUUGAAUCAAGAUAUCGUUUUUCCCGGUGAUGAAAUUCAAAUGAAAAUGAAAAUUAAAAUUAAUAAUACCACUACAACAACUCCUACAUCUGCAAUUAAUGUUAUUACCAGUACCCCUGCUACGACUAGUGAAAAACAAUUAGACAAGUGCCCAGUAAACAUGACCAUCAUUGAGGAUAACGGAGAAUAUAUUUGUGAAUGCGUAUCAGGAUAUCUUUAUUACCCGCCUUUGGACGGUUGCUUCCAACCCUACACCCGAGGUCCUUGUACAUCAGGAAAUUAUUUAGCUAUCAGUCCUGGUACGUUUACAGCCGAGUGCUUGGAAAAUCCCUGCGAAGAAGGCUCUGUUAUGUACCAAAAUAAAUGUCACAAGCUUUUGAAAUCCGGCCCACCAUGUAAUGGAGGUGAAACCCUGAUUGUCAAUGAAGAAAACUAUGAGAUAAACUGUCAAGAAGUCAUUCCAGUCGUCUAUCAAGUGAUAAUGGCUCCAGUAAGACGUUGUGCGCCUGGUUCACGUAUGGCCGCUCAUGGAAUAUGCCGACAACUUUUAUAAUAUUUUGUUAUUUAUCAAUAACUCUGGUAUAUUUUAUUGAACUAAAUAAUAAUUAUCUAUAUUUAUUUGUGUGUUUACAUUAAAUAAGAUGGACAAAUUUAUUAUCUUUACGCAAUCACUUACACGCUCGAAUCGACGAUUGGAAAGUUCAAGGACAUGUAUCUUUGAGACGUUCAAAUAUAAAUUUAAGUAUUUUUAAUAAUAAUCAUAUGAAUCUUUAAUUUUAAUUUAAAGAAAAAAGAUUAUAAUUAAAAUUAACGAUAAAAAUUUAAGUUAUACUUUAACACCAACAGGCUUUGACUUUGUUUUGUAAAUAUUUAUUUUUUAUACAUGGAUUAAAAUAAAAAAAGUCCUUUUUCCGAUUUACCGUUA